CUUGCGCAUAAUUCAGAGAAAAGAUGAUUUGAUAAGUCUGUGACGGAAUUGUCAAAAUCAGGGGGUCGAAAAGAAAGUAUCCUUAGCAAAACAUUCUCUUGAGAGUAAGAAAAUUAUGUUUAAUUUCCAGUUAAUGGAAAGAAUUUCCCAUAUAAUAUGAAUAAUAGUGGAAUAUCUAGUGAAUAUAAUCAAAAUUGAAUUUCUUCAUAGUGUUUAAUUAGCCAAACAAUGAAUUUAGAAGAUUCGGGGGGCAGCCUAGUUCUCGGAGGCGAGACAGUGUAUGGAACUCAUGAAGAUUCCCACGUAGUUAUGUCUGAAAAAGUACAGUCAUUGGCAGGUAGUAUAUACCAGGAGUUUGAAAGAAUGAUAGCAAGAUAUGAUGAGGAUGUGGUUAAAACAUUAAUGCCCCUGCUAGUUAAUGUUUUGGAAUGUUUAGAUGCAGCUUAUCAACAAAAUCAGGAACAUGAUGUUGAAUUAGAGUUACUUCGAGAAGAUAAUGAACAACUAGUAACUCAGUAUGAACGAGAAAAAGGCGCGAGAAAGACAUCAGAACAAAAAUUAUUAGAAUAUGAAGAUGCAGCAGAAGGAGAACGCAAGGAGAUGACGACACGCUUAGAAGCUCUCGAAAGUAUUGUUAGAAUGCUGGAAUUAAAACACAAAAAUUCUAUGGAGCAUGCAGGUCGCUUAGAAGAAAGAGAAACUGAAUUGAAAAAAGAAUAUGCAAAGUUACAUGAAAGAUAUACAGAGUUGUUUAAAACACACGUAGAUUAUAUGGAAAGAACCAAAUUGUUACAUUCUAGUCAGCAAUUAGCCAAUGAAAGGACUGAUCCAGGACGAUUGAAUUCAAAUCGUUUAAAUGUUGGAAGAAGUUCAGGACCAAUAUCUUUUGGUUUUGAAUCACUUGCGAAUGCUGAAAUAGUCGAUAGUGUACCAUCUUCUCCUAUAAGUAGUGCUCAUUCUUCACCUAGCUUACAUAGUGAACUGGACAAUGUUAGAGAUGGGGUUCUUAAAGUUGAAAGAGGUCAGGCAACUGAUACCAUAAAUCUAGAAAAUAAAUCUGUAAUUACAUCACCAGUUACACCGCAACAACCAAUGCAAAAUAACAAUAGUCGAAUAAAUACCAAAAGGGAGCAAAGGAGCGGCAAUACAUUGUAUCAAGAGUUGAGUUAUCAUGACGUUGAUGCAGAUGAUGACUCCGGAGAUAUCACAGGCGGUUGGGUCCAUCCAGGAGAAUAUGCAUCUUCAGUCAACGAUAACUUUUAUGGUAUGGGGAAAGAAGUUGAGAAUUUAAUAAUGGAAAAUAACGAGCUAUUAGCAACUAAGAAUGCCUUGAACGUAGUAAAAGACGAUUUAAUUGUGAAGGUGGAUGAAUUAACUGGUGAAAUCGAUAUGUUACGAGAAGAAAUUUUAUCAUUGAAUGUUUCCAGAACGAAGCUUAAAGAGAGAAUAAGUGAUUUGGAAGAUGAAUUGAGAAAAGUUAAAGAAGCAAACGAAGCGAAACAAGAGGCCGAUGACGAAGCUGACAUACCAAUGGCUCAAAGAAAAAGGUUUACGAGAGUUGAAAUGGCCAGAGUUCUCAUGGAACGUAAUCAAUAUAAGGAACGUUUUAUGGAACUUCAAGAAGCGGUUCGUUGGAGUGAAAUGUUGAGAGCAUCAAAAAAUGAUGCGCCAUUCGAGAAAAACAGUAAUAAAAGUAUUUGGAAAUUUUUUAGUAAUCUAUUUUCCGGAAACGAUAGAGUUCAAAGACCGAUGAUGAUUCCUCAAUUGAGGUACCAAACGGUGUCGAAUCAAGUAACACCAGGUAUUAAAGCUUUACCUCGUAUUCCUCGCCACGAUUUGGAAACCGAAAUUGGUGUGGAUAAACUGGCGGCGAGAAAAGCGAUAGAAAGAAAAGAACAAUAUCGACAAGUUAGAGCCCACGUGAAAAAAGACGACGGUAGACUACAAGCUUACGGAUGGAGUUUACCUGGUAAAGUGAAUUCUUCUUCCGCUUCACAAGGAAGACAAAGUAGUGGAGGUGUACCGGUACCAGUGCCUGUAUAUUGCCGUCCAUUAGCGGAAACUACACCAGAAAUGAGGAUUUGGUGUGCUGCGGGUGUUAACUUGAUGGGCGGUUAUACCAAAGAUGGAGGAUUGAUGGUAGGUGGUAGCGUGUUUUACACCGAAGAACCCAAACCACCUUCUCCGAAACCACAGAAUGAGAUGGAACUAAUCGAUCAAGAAUUGAAUAAUGGCAAAGAAGGUGCUUUAUUGGAAACGCGACUUUCCUCUUAUGUAUGGAUUUGUACUACUACUCAAGUGAUAAGUAAUAAUUCUCAAACUCAGUCAGCUAGUCUAGUAACCAUUAUCGACGCCAACAAUCCUGCGGAACUACUUAACAGCUUCGGAGUUUGUUCGGGACACGUUCUUUGUAUUGCCAGUGUACCGGGUGCUAGUCCAAGCGAUUACGAAGAUAAUAUGCCAAAAAUCGAAUGCGAAUUUAGUAGUAACGUUAAUGAUUUAGAUAAAAAUAAUCUUUCAGUUGUAGGUAAUAAUCCUGAUAGUAAUGAUAAGGAAAAGGAUGCAACUCAAAACGAAGAAAGUACUCGUCAGGAAUUAUCUGAUAAUCCUGCUGCUAGUAAAAUGACUAUGAGGAAUCAAGAAGAUCAAGAAGAAAUGGCAUCGCUUGGGAAAAUUAUUUUUGUUGAUCGCGAUGAUUCUGUAGUAAACCGACGAGACAAAUAUGCCAAACAGGAAAAAAUUAAUUGUGAUAAUGCUAAAGAUAAAGUAGAUGAAAAUAAUGCAUCAAAUAGUACCGAUGAUAACAAAAGCGAAGAUCCGAAUUUAAAUGAUGAAAAUAAUUCGAAAAAUACUCAACAAUCCGAAAAUGAUGAUAUUCAAAACGAAGAAGUUCCAAGUCAUGAUAUCAUGUCUAGUGUAUUGGCUACAAUGUGGAUGGGAGACGAAAACGGGAAUAUUUACGUUCAUUCGUCGGUAGCUAAUUGGGCACAAUGUCUCCAUACAGUUAAAAUGAAAGAUGCAGUUAUAUCUAUAGUACACAUAAAAGGAAGGGUAGUUGUGGCUAUUGCUUGCGGACAAGUAGCCGUAUUUAGAAGAGAUCCAGAGGGCGAAUGGGAUUUAUCGAGGUAUCACCUUGUACAACUCGGACUUCCACAUCAAUCGGUACGUCAAUUGGCUAUUGUGGGAGAUAAAGUUUGGUGUGGAUAUAGAAAUAAAAUUCACGUUCUGCAACCUCACGAUUUAAAAAUUGUUCAUACUCUGGAAGCUCAUCCUAGACGAGAAAGUCCGGUGAGACAAAUGGCGUGGUUGGGUGAAGGUGUUUGGGUAUCGAUACGUUUGGAUUCCACUCUUAGGUUAUAUAAUGCACAUACCUAUCAGCAUCUCCAAGACGUUGAUAUCGAACCAUACGUUAGUAAAAUGUUGGGUACUGGUAAAUUGGGUUUUUCUUUAGUUCGAAUAACUAGUCUUCUUAUAUCUUCUAACCGGCUGUGGAUAGGAACCAGUAAUGGAGUAAUAAUAUCGGUACCGUUAUCAGAUAGUAAUAGUGCAACUGGUGCUGUGGUUUCAAGAGGGAACGCUUUACCCGUCAGAGUUCCACCUGUACCGGGAAGUUACAUACCUUAUUGUACUAUGGCGCACGCUCAGCUCAGUUUUCACGGUCACAGAGAUAACGUGAAGUUCUUUGUAGCUGUACCCGGAAGUGGAGGUAUGAGUGCUGCCUCGACUCCUUCCGAAGCUAUGUCUGCUUCAGUGUCAUCUGUCGGUAAUAAUUUAAAAAAUCCUUCAGCCAUGCUAGUUAUUUCGGGUGGGGAAGGUUACGUUGACUUCAGAAUUGAAGAUGAUGAACCUAAGGACGGAGCAUCUCAUCUACUCGUUUGGCAACUACUAACUGAUAUUCCUGGGAAUCCUAUGGGGUGAUGAAAUGGAAGAGAGUAUUAUAAGUAAUACAGAAACGGGAUUAUCAGAGGAAGUACAAUCAGGAAGCAAUUCAAUAAAAUCAAACGAUUUGAGCCACCUAAUAGUGUGGCAAGUAUCAACGACUUAACACAAAUGGUGCUAAGGAACAAACAGCAAAUAUUUAUUAUUUAAACGUUUUGAAAAAAAAAUGUGAUAGGAAUUUAGUUUUUUGCAUUGUCUUUCGUUACCAAAACAUUUUUUAGAAAAUGUUUUUCCUACAACUAUGAGAUUGCUUGUAUAAUUUUUUUUUCUCUUGUAAUAACCGAAGCACAUUUUUCUAGAUUUAGAAGAUGCAAAAAACUGUUUAAUUUAACUAGUGACGCAUUCUCGAUGUAAUAAAAUUAAAUCACGAUGGUGUAUACAGUAUGUCCCCGGAUAAGUGAACUCACGCUUGUAAGAGAAAAAGUUAUCUGUUUCAAUUUUUACUUUUCGAAGUUACUCUUUGACUAAAUUAUAAUACAUAAUAUUAUUUAAAUUUAGGAAAAUUGAGUAUGGAUCGUAGAUAGUCAAAAUAUUUUCCUGGUAUUUUUCAAAACUAAAAUUAUGUUAUAAAUUAGUCUUUUAACUGGACUGGAAAUUAAAUAGAAUCUCCGGGGACACACCAUAUUUGAAAAAAUUAAUUAUAACGAUUUUUGUAUAUUUUUUUUAUCAUGUUACGUUUGAAUUUAUUGUUAUUAAUUUGUUAUUCAUGAAAGUUGUACCAAAUAUCUUUCAUAAAAUUGGUAUUUUUUCUUAUUUGCCAUUUGAAAAAAAAACGAUAUUAGAAUUUCCAAUAGCUAAAAUAUUUAUGUAAAAAAAUAAUAAUUCAAUUACGUAUUGUUACAAACAUUUUGAUAAAAUUGUCAUGUAAGAGUACCUAUAUAUGUAUGUAAUUUAUGUUAUUAUUGCUUAUAACAAUUAAUUUAAAUAUUUAUUUGUAAAUUUUUAGACAAUGUAAUAUUUUCCAUAUAACAAACUGUGCUUUUAUUGUAUUGAAUAAAACUUCAUAUAAUCCAAA